AUGGAAUGGCGCGCCGCGCCGAGCGACCAGUCUUUGGACCAGUCUUUGUCGGAUGUCUCGCCGAGCCACACGUCUCGCGGCCAGCCGAACCAUAUACGCGCGCGAGUGACAACCGAAGUGCUACAAGUGUUCAAAAGUGACGCGAAACGGCGAAAGUGUGUUGUUACCAUAUCCAGGAUUAACAGAGCAAAUCUGGAGCGCAACAACUUCAUCAGGAGACGUCGCGUGUGUGAUGCAGCGAUGGCGGUGAAGGCGGCGCUGCUCUGCGCUGCGUUCUUCUUACAAUAUGCUUCAGCCGAGUUGAGAGGGCGAUGCCCGGCAGAGAGCGUGUCAUGCCCGGCGCGAGCGACGCCGUGCGGCUCCGACGACGAGUGCGGCGAGCAGAUCUGCUGCAGCACCAGCUGUGGACGCGCCUGUGUCGACCCGCUGUACACUGGUCAGUUCAGCAAUAAACAGAACCUUCCCUACCCAUUCUAA